CAGAGCAUAGCCAAGUUCUGUGCCAAAUGUAAACACGUACCGCCGAAGCUUAUUCGAGUAUUUACGGUCCUGUAGUCUGGUAACAAAGAAUAAGCCUAGGCCUAUGCACAUGAAGAGACUAACAUGGAUGAAGAGGCUUUUUUGUAUUGUGUCGGUGAAAACCAUGAGCCGAUACAUUUGCCACAUCUUCAAGCUGUCUUGAUUGGCCGAGGACCACUCACCAAGAUCAAGGAUAAGCGACUGUCAAGGCAGCAAUGUGAACUAACAGCAGAUUGUGUCGACAAAACAGUCAAGAUGAGACAGAUUGGUGGAAAUUCAUCUUGUGUUGGUGAGAAAGAACUAAAGAAGGGGAACACUGAAGUAAUUAAGAAUGGCAGCCAUAUUAAUUUAUUAUCUGGUGCUGAUUACUUAUAUUAUGUUCAUUUUGAGAAAAUUAACAAGAAAGUUAGUAAACCAGCAGCAAAGAAAUCUUCCUUAAAAGACAAUUUUAAAGCUGAUGAAAUGAAGGUAGAUUCAACUUUUCCAAAAACAUCCAAGCGAACAAGCAUAGAUUCAGAAGAAGAACCAAAAUCAAAACGAGUUCGGAAAGAUAUACUGAUAAAUUCAGAUACAGGGAAAGCUACUGGUGAAUCUGAUGAAAAUGAUAAAGCAUCAGUGAGUGAGAAAUUGCAGUGGUUGCACCAAAAUGUGGUAAAAAGAAGAAAAUCUGAUGAAAAGGAAGAGAAGAAUGAUGCUACACGCACACACGAUGCAAGCAUUGAGACAUGCCAGCAAGACGAGUGGGAAGAGUUGGGAAAGCUGAUUGUUCAUACUAGCAAAGGAGUAUGUGCUAGGAGCAAGAUUGCUGGGUUUGAUAUUGAUGGUACCAUUAUAACCACAAAGUCUGGACGAGUCUUUCCACAGAAUGCAGAUGACUGGAGAAUAAAUUUUACAAAUAUACCAAAGAAGAUUCAGUCCUUACAUGCAGAUGGAUUCAAGAUUGUAUUUUUUACCAAUCAGCUUGGAAUUGGCAGGGGGAAACUGAAAGUUGAUGAUGUAAAGAAAAAGUUUACGAAAAUAUUAGAAGCUAUUGGGGUACCAAUACAGAUCCUCAUCGCCACUGGUUUUGGUACGUACCGUAAGCCAGCAACUGGUAUGUGGUAUCACUUGGUAGAGAAGGCUAAUAAUGGUGUUCCAGUCAACAUCGUAGAUAGUUUUUAUGUUGGAGAUGCAGCUGGACGUCCAGCAUUAUGGUCACCUGGUAAAAAGAAGGAUUUUUCCAAGAGUGACCGUCUCUUUGCUUUGAAUAUUGGACUUGCAUUCCACACCCCUGAGGAGUACUUUUUAGGCUACCAAAAAGCUCGCUUUGAAAUGCCAGAAUUUGACCCAAAAUUAUUGGAGACUGCAAGUCCUCUAUUUGUACAGUCAAAUGGACAACUAACUUCUAAGAGCCAGGAGGUAAUUGUUCUUGUGGGCUCCCCUGCAUCUGGUAAGAGUACAUUUGUAAAGACACACCUUGCCAAGCACAACUAUGUACAUAUUAAUAGGGACACAUUGGGAAGUUGGCAGAAAUGUGUAGCAGGCUGUAUUAAAGCCUUGAAAGAUGGAAAACGAGUUGUGAUCGACAACACAAACCCAGACCCAGAAUCAAGGAAACGAUAUAUCUCCUGUGCUGAAGCAGCAUCUGUGGGGUGUAGAUGCUUUGUCUUUAAAAGUUCAAUCACGCAUUGUUUUCAUAAUGAGAGGUUUCGGCAGAUGACACUCACCCCAUCCCAGCAUGCACCACUGACAGAUAUGGUGUUUCAUUCGUACAAGAACAAGUUUGUUUAUCCAACAGUUGAAGAAGGUUUCCAAGAAGUUCUUGAAGUUAAUUUCAUUCCACAUUACGAUAAUGAUAAUCAUAAGCAUUUAUACAGACAAUAUCUUCUUGAGAAAUAGUAUAUCUUAGAGCAGUAUUUAAUAAAAUACAGUAUCAUACCAGUACGUAAAACUAGCAUGCUAAUACCAGUUUCUGUGACUCAAUACCAUCAAAAACAGGUUUUACAUUUGAUAGUAACUUUGGUAGGAAAAUAAUUGUGUAUGAUGCAAUACAUUUAGACAAAAAAAACGAGUCCUAAUGCUAUACCUAAGGUUGUAUACCAACAGUGAUUGGAAGGUACAGUAUUGGGUUCAAUUCUUAAUAGGGACAAUACUGUAUGUUUUUCUAAAAAAAAAAAAUUACAAUUUAUACAUUGUCACCUAUAGUACAUUUUCUACAUGCAGGCAUAUAAUAGGAUGCUAGGGUCCAUGGAAGUUGGGCAAAUAUAAGAGCACAAAAUUGAUAAUGCGAAGCUUUACUUCCUAAAUCACAUCGCAUGAGGCCAAGUGAGAUGCCCAUAUUUGGGCACAUCACACACAUUUUUCACAUAAGAUUUCAUAGUGUGGACAGAGCAGUAACCAUUAAGCUACACCUCCACUACAAUACUUGCCAUUUUAUACAGUAUAAUUAUUUUUUAUUUAGGACAGAGCUUGUCGGGCAACCGGACUAAAAUAAGUUUAAAAUACUGUAGGCCCACGCCAUGCCAACACAUGUCUGUCACAGUCAUUUAUGGCCAUCCAGAGGUUGCUAUUUAAAAAAAAAAAUCUCAUUUGGGAGAGGGACCCCCCUCUCAAACCCUUCCCUCAGCUCAGGCCUACGAGCUCAAGUCCCGGUCGGACAGCUCAGACCCCUCCCCAGAAAAUAUAUCCUGGAGCCGCCACUGCCAGGGUGCCCCAUACACCUAUUACCAAUAAGGCCUAAAAAAAACUGCCGCACUUGUAUCGUGAAAUUUAAAUAAAAAUGUCCAGGGUCGGCCAUGUUACGGCAACAUAACUUCUUUUUAGGCUUAAUAGGACACAUUGCAUGGAUGGCGUGGUCGGUUAACGAUGUGCUCUAGUCGAGUUCGAAUGGCGUCUUGGUAUUCAAUUUUUAAUUUUUUUUUAUUGUUUCUUUUCUGUUUUAAGCAUGGAGGAUAUUUCCUCCAUGUUUUAAUAGUGUCAACAGAAAGCCUUGUCUGAAAGGUGCAUACACGAAGCAUUAAAUAGAGGUCACUCUUGUUUUUUCAUACAGCUGCCUAUUUCCAACUGAAAGUGUAGGGCCCCUAUGAGGCAGUGGUGGUACCAGGAUUUGCCUGGGAGCCAAUGUCCUUAAUGGGAAGGCCACGUCCCUAAUGGGAAGGCCAAUUUCCAAGAAGGUAGCAUAAGCGGGCAUAGUAAUCACAGCCUUUGCAGAAGUCUUUUGUUUUUUUUCAAGUUUAUAUUAGAUUUAGGUGGCAGUUUAUCAUAUAAACAAAUAAAUGAAUGACAAAGACAAGAUACAAUUUCAACAUGAUUUAUUAAGACUGUUCAAUAAGAAAAUAUAUAUCUGAUACGAUAAAUGUUGAAUAAUUUUUCAGACAGAUAAUUAUACCCAUGCUGAAAUCGUAAGCCUUGUCAAAUAAUAAAUAAUAAUCUUCAAAGUAUUGUAAGGCCUAAAUUACUUAGAAGGGGGUGCAUGAACUUCAUUAAAUGGAGAAAUUUACAUGUCUAUAUGGCGAAGAUCAUGGGUGAGGGGAAACAUUUCAAGUGGACACGGGCUAUAGCUAACUAUCGGUGAUCAAGUCCUACAGCCUCACUGACAUUAUUAAAUCCGUCUUCUCUGAAAAGAAAAUGUAGUUAUUUGUUUAAAAAUGUGUAGGAUAAUAGCACAAAUAAAAAAAAAAACAGCAUAUAAAUAAAAAUGAAACAAAAAUCAUUGGUAUGUUUUUUUCAAACACUAGCAAACUAUUAUUGUAUUCAACAAGAAGUUUCUUUACAUCAAUGAAAAAUGAUUAAAACAUAGUUGAUAAUUGUCCAUGAUUUGAUGCAUAUUGAAGUGUCAAAUUACUUGUGAAUAAUUGAAUAUUAAUAAAUAAUUUACCGUA